AUAGCGUAGACGUCAACGGUGCAUACAGCGUUAGGUUUUUGUGGAUAUUUUUUGCACUGUUGAACUUUUAUUAAUAAUUAAUAAUUGAAGUCCAGUUUACUUUCUCGUUCUAUGGAUUUUCUGGAGUUGUUAUCAUGGUCGUGCAUCCUGUUUACCAUCGGCAUGUUCUCCACAGGACUGACCGAUUUGAGGAAAAUGAGAGCCACCCAGAGUGCCGAGAGUGUCCAGUUCCUGCCUUUCAUUACCACGUGCUUAAAUAAUCUAGGCUGGCUGUACUAUGGCGUGUUGAAAAACGAUGGCACGCUGAUGUUCGUUAAUUCCAUCGGAGCCUCUCUACAGUGUCUGUAUAUCCUCACCUACUUCCAUUAUGCCAAAGAGAAGAGGAAUGUGUUUGUGCAGACACUGGGCAUGGUGUGUGUGUUGUGUGUAUCGUGGGUGUAUUUCAGCAUGAUUGUUCCUACUGGAAGCACUCAGCUUUCGCAGCUCGGCCUCGCCUGCAGCGUCUUCACCAUCGCCAUGUACCUUUCACCGCUCGCUGACCUGCUGGAGAUAAUACGCACUCGUUCAGUAGAGCGUUUGUCCUUCUCCCUCACCGUUGCCACCUUCUUGACAUCCACCUCCUGGACUCUGUAUGGCCUUCAGCUGGGGGAUUACUACAUUAUGGUGCCCAACACACCAGGCAUUGCAACAAGUCUCAUCCGUUUCCUCCUCUUCCGGCUUUUCGACUCGGCUAGUCAAGGCAAGCCAUCUUCUAAAUCCCUCCAGAUCUGAGCAGAUCUAAUUAAGUCACCAAGUGCCUUAGCCAUGUUCCCUAUGCCAAUCUAAACCAAAUCCCCUGACACCUCUUACAUCACACCCUGUCCUUAUACCAUGUAUGUAUGAGGUUUUCUUUGCCUAUUCACUUUAGCGCUAUUAGUAGAAGCCGAUUCUAACCUAAACCAAACUCACCAUUGCUCAAACAAUCCUGAGAGAAUAUGAUUCAGCUCAGCGGUUAUGGUCGUCUGCUGGAAGUUUUGUAAAUUCAGCUCCAAGCUUUGUCACACUGCCACUUUGAAUAAGACCCUCCACCCACAAAUGCUUCAUGGUGUCUGUAUGCACUGUGACCCCAAUUUAAAAAGCACGGUUAUGCGGGAAGACAUUUUCCCCAAGCCUUGGUCGAUUGAUCCGCGAAUUUACAAAUGACACCUCAAGAGUUGUGCUCGCUAACAGAUAAGAGCAGUAAAAUGAAAUUGCGGUCUUAUCUGCAAAUUAGAUCCUGAUAUCCUGAAGCAAUAUGUUCAGCUAUUGUUUUAUACAAACAUGCCUGUUAAUUGCCAAUUUAUUUCUAUUUUCGAAUUCUGUGAUUCGUAAUUUCCGUGUAAAUGCCUUUACGUGACGAUUUGCCGAAGGUAUACAGUGUAAAAGCUGACCCAGGACCAGACAGACAACGAUUUAAAACUCGUGCUUGGCAGCUUUUCGCUGCAGCUCCACUCUGACACACCCCUGGUUCUUAAAUAGCGUUAUCGGGUGUGUUUGGUUUGGGCUGGAGCGAACACGCACACACCCUGAUCUCUGGGUGUGACUUAGUUUACAUCUGUUGAUGGGCCAAGAGCUUGUGCACUUACGCUAAACCUAGAGAAGCCCUUGACUCCUUGAUUUGGUUUGGGUCUAGUUUUUAAAUCUACACAGAACUUUACUCCAGAGUUUAUCUGUUGCUUUAGUGUCCUACAUUUCUUUCUUUUUUUUUUUUUUUUUACUGGCCUUUAGACAUUUAUUCCCAUAGUACUCUAUAUUUGUAUCCCACACUGGAUUGUAUAAAGAUGCUAAGCCAUCACAGCCCCUAUUAAAGUAUUUUUUAUAAUUCACUUCACUUCCGUCUUCAACCCAGAAAAGCGGAUUUAAUGAUGUUUUUAUGUGAAGCAGCUGACCUGGGACUGGUGACGAUAGUAAAUGUUACGCUCUUUCACUUCCACUAGUCAACUAGUCCAAAAAAAAAAUUCCCAAAGAAUUGCAGCAUGAAGAAUGAGCAGUGUAUCCUUUAUCAGCGGUACAGAUAUACAUGUCCAGACUCCUUGCACCUUGCAUUAGAUUUCACCAAAAAUCUAGAGCAAGGCGUCGAGUGAGGAGUGAAAAACGACCGAUCCGUGAGAAGGUGAGAGAGCGCAGAUGGAGUUCUUGGCAUGUUGCUCCAGUACAUCUGCUCAAGUCCACAAGGUUCGCGUUAAGAGACCAACAGAGGUACAUAUUUACUCGUAUGCGUUCACAUAUUAUACAAAGCAAAUAAAAGAACGAGCUAUUGGAACCAGCAUCUUAUUUCUCAUAAAGUGCUUUAUUGUCAGUGGUGUAGACAAAAAGCUUCUGAUACUGUUUUAUCUGUGCUUCGUUGUGUUUAACAACGUUUUAUACACUAAACCGGGGUGUUUCAAGCCAGGGACUUUCGAUACAAAAAAAUAAAUAUUUACCUCAAUGAUCAUUAUGCUGUUAUUCAGAUCAAAUAUAUUGAAUAUGUUUGUAAAGUGUAACACUUUCCAUAAUGAUGUGUGAGGAGUUUUACCGUGUGCAAUGUUCUUAUGCGCUACGGUUUAUCAGUGUGGACUGAGUGGAUGUUUUGUUCACUGUUUUCCGUUUUUGCCUGAAUGUCUCAGAAAUAAAAGCUUAUAUGAUGAUGAUCUUUAUGUAA